AUGCUAGUGAAAGACGAGAACGAGACGGCGAACACAUUGAAUGUAACGGCACAAGCGGGGUACACCUUUGCGACACUGGAAAACCAAAAUGUGAAAAAGCAGACGGAGAACAUUAAAGAGAUUAAAGAGAACGCAGAGGCGGUGGACAAAAAAGUCCAAGAGGCCGAUGACACUUCGAAACAUAUUCGACAAAUGCGGUGUGAAAGUCGUAAGUGGACUAUUAUCGGAACUACUGUUGGUAUUGCCAUUGCUUUGAUCAUCAUUAUCAUCAUCAUCAUUGUGCUUGUUGUUGUGUUCAAGAAAUGA